AUGUCUGGCGGCGGUACUAAAGGUGCGCAGGCUAAGAACCCCGGUCCUAGCAGUGGGUUCUGGCCGGUAUCUCCGUUCAGCAGCACGACAAUCACCUUCCAAUUUGCGGAAGAUCAAAAGCUCAACAUUCACCAAGCGGUCUUGGAACGAUGCCCAGCACUGGACGGUCUGCAGUCGUUGUUCGGGAUAACGUAUUACCUGGAGAAAUUCCCCGUCAUAGCUGGACAUUCGUUGUUCCACUACCUGUACACUGGACAAUACGACCCGCCGCUGUGGGCAGGCCCCCCCGACGCUGAGAGUUCGAUCCAGCAGCUCAAGGUAAAGUUUCGGACAUACGGCCUGGCACGGAAGGUGAGACUAGAUACGCUGGAAACUUUGGUACGGGAGGACAUCGAAGCAUUUGCCGAGAAGCUCGACAUGUUCGCGAUCAUGGAGGCCGUCAAGGGGGGCUAUCCCGUUCCGAUCCGCAAAGACCCGUGGUUCCACGAUUGGGUGAAGAGACACAUCAAAACGGCAUUUGCGCAGCCGAAAAAGCUAGUAGAACUGGCACAACCUCAGAACCCGGACGACGACAUGGGUGUGGCGAAGGUCAUUCUCGGUUGCAUGCUGGAGACAUAUGCUGAUAUGAUGGAGGCGCUGGCCAAUGCGAAGAAUGAGAAUGCGGGAUCGGACCCCGCCGAUGGCAUCACGGGCUUCGACAUGAUGCCCCCGGUCAGUUCACAUGAUGGUCGAACCGAUGAUGAUCGGGAGACAAGCACCACGGAACCCUUUGAGGUGGUUAACACUCCCACCGAGUCCCUGGGUCUCAAUUCACCGCCGGCGUCCGAUCACGAACACCGCCUCAGGCGGGAGUUCUACGACACACAACAGGCGCCUUUUGCUCCGGAACCGGAACUUGAGGCAGAGAACAAUAAGCUGGAAGCGGGUGUGCAGCUGGGAAUGGAGCUGGACCCGUCGUACAAAAAGAGUAAAAAAGUCAAAAAAGGUAAAAAGAGCAAGAUUAACCAGACGCUUACACCCGAGCCUCAACCGGUCUAUGACGAUAUCUGA